UCGUGACGUCAGUGGCGCGAGGAGCGCUUGUGUUGACUGAAGCCGGUGACACGGCGAGAUUCCAGCCAUGGCUUCGAACGGGAAGGACACGGCGGAAAAUGCUGCGAAAGAAGUUCGCAUUUCUCAUACUCGAUUGAGAGGGAUUGAUGUUAUGAGAGAUCCUAAACUGAACAAGGGUCUUGCCUUCACCCUAGAAGAGCGUCAGUUGGUUGGGAUCCAUGGCCUGGUACCUCCCUGCUUUAAGACCCAGGAUGAGCAGGUCUACAGGGUGUUACAGAACUUCUAUCACUUUGAGAGUGAUCUGGACCGCUACAUCUAUCUGAUAGGGCUCCAGGACCGUAACGAGAAGCUGUUCUAUCGCGUGCUCACGGAGCAGAUAGAGCUGUUGAUGCCCAUAGUGUACACACCCACUGUGGGGCUGGCUUGUCAGAAAUAUGGACUAGUGUUCAGGAGACCAAGAGGGUUGUAUAUCACCAUUAAUGACUUGGGUCAUGUCUAUGAGAUCCUGUGUAACUGGCCUGAGAGGAAAAUAUCAGUCAUAGUGGUGACAGAUGGUGAGCGUAUCCUGGGUCUGGGAGACCUGGGAGCCCAGGGGAUGGGAAUUCCUGUAGGGAAACUGUCCCUCUAUACCGCCUGUGCUGGGGUGGACCCACAACACUGUCUGCCCAUUGUCAUUGAUGUUGGCACUGACAAUGAAACCCUGCUGAAGGACCCGCUGUACAUUGGACUGCCCCAGAAGAGAACGCGCGGAGAGAAGUAUGACCAGCUGAUCGAGGAAUUCAUGCAGGCAGUGGUGAAGAGGUUUGGACAGAAUACUCUGAUACAGUUUGAGGACUUUGGUAAUUCCAAUGCUUUCCGCUUCCUGGAGAAAUAUAGAGGGCAAUACUGUACCUUCAAUGAUGAUAUACAAGGCACAGCGGCAGUGGCAGUAUCUGGGGUGUUAGCAAGUCUGAAGAUAACCGGGAAGAAAUUGUCAGAAAAUACCAUCCUCUUCCAGGGAGCUGGAGAGGCUUCUAUAGGCAUAGCUCACCUGCUGAUGAAGGCUAUGAAGGAGGAAGGCAGCUCAGAAGAAGAGUCCCUCAGUAAACUGUGGAUGGUGGACUCUAAGGGACUGCUGACACAGGGGCGCCCAAGUGGAGGUCUGACAGAACACAAGAUGACGUUUACCAAGAAGUACAAGCACAUGAGUAACUUGGAGGAGAUUGUACGAGAGGUCAAACCCAAUAUCAUUAUAGGAGCCGCUGCUGUGCCGGGAGCUUUCACGGAGCAGAUUAUUAAAGACAUGGCUUCGUUCAAUGAGCGUCCUGUGAUAUUUGCCCUCAGUAACCCCACAAGUAAAGCUGAGUGCACGGCAGAGCAAGCCUACACCAUCACUGAGGGUCGCUGUAUAUUUGCCAGCGGCAGUCCAUUCCAGCCAGUGACAGUGAAUGGCAAAACCCACCACCCUGGCCAGGGGAACAAUGCCUACAUCUUCCCCGGGGUAGGACUGGCAGCCAUCUUGUGUGGAAUCAGGCACAUCACUGAAGAUGUAUUCCUUGCCACAGCAAAGGCUUUAGCCAACCUGGUCCAGCAGGAAGACCUGGACAGUGGCCGAGUUUAUCCACCUCUCACCAAAAUCAGGGACGUGUCAGCCAGCAUAGCCGUGGAGAUCGCCAAGUACGCCUACAAACACAAUAUGGCCGCCCACUACCCUGAGCCUGCCGACAAGGACGACUUUAUACGCUCCCAGAUGUACAGUACUGACUACUCCAGCUUUGUCCCGGACAGAUGGAGCUGGCCCAAACUUUAGACGUUAGUUUGUUUCUUGGAGACAACACGUGGACAUUGGGGAUAGUUUCGCAGAAUUGAGGGUACAUACUGCAUCAGCAGCUGUUCGCAAAUUGUCAGUUUUUCUAGUCGUGGUGAGGAAGCCGAAUGUUACCAUGAUUUCAAAUUAUCAACCAAGUCUGAAUUACCAGGUCGUUUUUUUUUUACUAGCACUUUGUUUGUAAAACCUGUAAAAAAAACCCCGGUUUAUGCAUAUUUUAUUACGCUCACAACAAUUUUUGAUUUUCUUUCGAAACAUCUUUUUAUCACAUUGCUGUAAUGAUGGAUGUUAUAAUGUCUAAAUUAUGAAAAAUACAAAUAAUCACUUUAGUGAGGCGAGAAAACAAGUUAUGGCAAAUUGGAUUUCUUUUCAUUUUGAUUUGUUUUAUAAUACGCAAACUGUGAUCUCGAAGACGAUAAUGAUGAUGAUGAUGAU